AUGUCUUUUAAAGUAAGAAGUAGUAAGUUUCGUCACGUUUAUGGCACAGCUCUAAAACGUGAAUACUGUUAUGACAAUAUUCGAGUAUCCAAAUCUUCAUGGGAUUCCACAUUUUGUGCAGUGAAUCCAAAAUUUGUGGCCUGUAUUGUUGAAUCAGCUGGCGGGGGCGCUUUUAUUGUUUUACCUCUUUCAAAGACUGGUCGAUUACCCGCUGACCAACCUGUAGUUGGUGGUCAUAAAGGUCCAGUGUUGGACAUAGCAUGGUGUCCGCAUAAUGACAAUGUAAUUGCUAGCGGUUCUGAAGAUUGUGUGGUAAAGGUUUGGCAAAUUCCCGACGGUGGAAUUUCACGCACAUUAACUGAAUCAGUAGUAGAUUUAAUUUAUCACCAGAGGAGAGUUGGUCUAGUCUUAUGGCACCCAACAGCUCGAAAUAUUUUAUUAUCUGCUGGAUCUGAUAAUCAAGUAGUAAUCUGGAAUGUUGGUGUUGGUGAACCACUUAUUCAUAUUGACUGCCACCCAGAUAUCGUAUUUAGUGCUUCAUGGAAUUUUGACGGAUCACAGUUAUUGACAACAUGUAAAGAUAAAAAGUUGAGGCUAAUCAAUCCUAGAAGUGGGGAAAUCGAGCAGGAAGUAAUAUGUCAUGAAGGUAGCAAGGCAUCCCGAGGUAUAUUUUUAAAAGGAGGCCUUAUAUUUACAACUGGUUUUAGUAAACUUUCUGAAAGACAGUAUUCAUUGAGAUCUCCUGAAAAACUAGAUGAUCCUAUUGUUAUGGUUGAAUUAGAUACAAGCAAUGGAGUCAUGUUUCCACUGUAUGAUCCUGAUACUAGUAUGAUUUACUUGUGUGGCAAGGGGGAUAGUGUUAUUCGAUAUUUUGAAAUUACGGCUGAACAUCCAUUUGUUCACUACAUUAAUACGUUCCAAACACCAGAUCCUCAAAGAGGAAUUGGUAUGAUGCCGAAACGUGGUUGUGAUGUAUCCAUUUGUGAAAUAUCAAAGUUUUAUCGUUUAAAUAAUUCUGGACUCUGUCAAGCAAUCAGCAUGACGGUUCCAAGAAAGUCAGAGUUAUUUCAAGAAGAUUUAUACCCGGACACUAUAGGAGAUAUUCCCGCAAUAGAUGCUGAAGAUUGGUUUAAUGGUCAAGAUGCUGAACCUAUACUGAUAUCAUUAAAAGAUUAUCAUCAGCCAACACGAUUGCCUACUGCUUCUGAAAUGAAGGUGGCUAAAAAGCCAAAUAUAUUGGAUAAACCAUCAGCAAAUAAAACAGUCAAGUCCAGUUCAAACAAUACGACCGCACCACCAGUAGCUAAACCACAAUUUAUUCAGCCACAGCAAUCAAUUCCAGAUGAUAUUGUGAAAGAAUUUAAAGAGGAAAUUCGGAAGUUAAAAGCCAUGAUUGUAAAACAUGAAAACCGUAUAAGGGCUUUAGAAGCUCGAGCAGCCGAAGAUACUACUGAUGUAGCCAAAGAUAGUGGUGAUUCUCUUGUUCUUAAAAAUAAUGACCAGAAUGAUGUGGAAACCAAAGAUAAUGAUACAGAACAUGUGGAUACUAAUGACGAUGAUGACUAAUCGUAUGGUACAACAAUUUUUUUUAAACAAUUAUAAGGAACUUUGAGAUAAACUCGGUGUAUUCCGGUUAUAUUUGCUAUAUUUAUGACAACAUACAUUAUUUAAUUACAAAAUAACAUGCUCAAAGUGGUUACAAUUCUACUUUUCUCUAGUCUUCAGUGUGUUUUUAAAAUUUUUAUUAUCGAUAUAAUAUAUUAAGUUAUGUUCCUCUUUUUCCCUCAAUUUGUAAUUGUCCUUUUUAUUUAUAAUGAGUUAUAUUAUUAUUUGUAUUCUUUCAGCACUUUUUAUUAACUCACAAAGUUAAUUUGUUAAAUUCAUAUUAAAAGGUUUGAAUAAUUAUGCCCAACUAAAAAUAAUGUUAAUUAAAUACUGUUUGGUUGAAUUGGUCAGUUACACGUAAGUAUAAUUUUUUUUAAAAUUAAGAAUCUUGAUUGUUAGUUUUGGGACUUAUAAUUGUGUGGUUAUAAACAGAUAUGUUAACUACAAAACAAUAUUAAUUUUCUAUCUCAAUCUAGAAUCUUUUAAUUAAAAAUGUGCUUCCAAACAAAUUUAACUACUCCAUGAAUCUCUAGUCCUUUAUUGAGCAUUACAAUAAAUAUUGGAAACAAUAUAAUAUUAUUGCAAAUAAAUAAAUGCUGGUUUGAAUACAAAUAGUGUUUCAUGAAACUAUAACAAUGUUUUGUGCUGAUAGAAUUUAAAAUGAUCUAUGUAACUUUGAUAAUAGAGACAAUUUUGACUGUAAAUUAUAAAUAUUGUUUAAUUUAAAAAAAAAAACCAUUUAUUUAUAAGA